UUGUUAUCUAACCAAAUGAUAUAGGCUGGGAGGAGGAGGAACUGAGAGCAGAAUAGCCAGAUGAUGAAAUCAGUUGACGGGCUCGCCUCCUUCUUGCCUCCGCUAACACUAACCCCAGCCUCCACUCUCUCCUCCUCCAAACCAUCUUGUAUUACGCUCUUUUCUUCUACUACUGUUCUUCCCUUUAAUUUCCGCAACUACUUUCCCCUAAAAUCCAACAGCCCACAAUUUAAUCUCCGCAAGAAUUUCUUGCUUUUGGUCCGGGCGUCAGAUGACAACAAAAGUAAUAACGGGGAAGACAGUAGCAAUCCAUUGAGCAAGGAAAGGCUCAAAGAUAAUAAUACUAACAGCAACGGAAUCGAUGGUGAUAAUGGCGGUGAGAAUGGGAAGAACGGGAAUGGGAACGGACGGGGGCCGGGAUUGAAUCUGAAAUGGGUUGAUCUGCUGUUGAACCCAGACCCGGAUAACGUGGCGGCGGUUGGAUUAACUGGGGUGUUAGCCUGGGCAAGCGUGCAGGUGCUGUGGCAGCUGUUUGUGAUUUCAAUAGCAAUCUUGCUGGCAGCUCUCAAGUACUCCUUCAUUGCUGCCCUCCUCAUCUUCAUCCUCAUUACCCUCCUUUAGUACUAUUAGUGUACCCUUCUUCUCCUCCAGAAGUUUUCAUUUCUCGCUUCAGCUUUUGUACUUCUUUUUGUGGAUAUAAUAGAUUGUUGAUUAACGUAUUUUGCAGAUGUAAUGUUGAAAAACUACCUUUUCUGUUCCCCUGUUCUUACUUA